AUGUCAGUGGCCCGACUCCCCGUUGAAGUUGACGACCGUGAGUCUAAGAGGGCUAAAGGGAUGGCCUCGCCCAUACUCAGAUUCUCGGAUGAGGAUAAAGUUGGAACCAUCCAGCCCCACGACGAUGCUCUAGUUAUCACACUCAGGAUUAGGGGAUAUAACGUGAAGAGGGUGCUAGUUGAUCAGGGCAGUGCCGUAGAGGUAAUGUACCCCGACUUGUACAAGGGGCUGAAACUGAGACCAGAAGACCUGACAGCAUACGACUCCCCUUUAGUAAGUUUCGAAGGGAAAAUUGUUAUUUCGAAAGGCCCGAUUAGGUUGCCUAUACAAACAGGCUCAGACAUAGUGGAAGUGGACUUUAUAAUGGUGGACACAUAUUCGCCCUACACCGCCAUUGUAGCCAGACUGUGGCUUCAUGCCCUAGGAGCUGUAUCCUCAAUCUUACACCAAAGGGUGAAGUACCCGUCGGAGGGUCAGGUCAAAGAAGUGAUAGGGGACCAAGCCAUGGCCCGGCAAUGCAUGGUGUCCGCCAUCUCGCGACGACCGAGUAUCGAGCCCUCUACUUCUACCGAGAAUGGCUUAUAG